AUGGAGCAAUUGCUGUCAUACCUCCCCCCGUUCGAGGGCUUGCUUCCCAAAUGGCUCGUCUUUGUGUCCGUCGUCUCCGCCGUCAAUAGUCUACAGGCCUACUCUUCCGCCGACUACACCUCGAAGCUAUACACCAAUGGUGCCCUCGUGCUCGAUUCUCUCUCCGGUCGUGUAUUCGGCACCUGGACUUUCCUCUCGGCCGUCAUUCGUAUGACUGCCGCCUAUAACAUGGACUCACCCAUUGCGUACAAUCUUGCCAUGUGGACCUAUGGCAUUGCCUUGGUUCACUUCACCCUCGAGCUCGUGGUCGGUAACGCGUCGCUUCGUGGUCGCUUCUUGAGUCCAUUGCUUGUUGCAUCCGGAUCAUUGGCGUGGAUGUUCUCUCAGCGUGAGGCGUACCUGCACCUUUGA